CCAACUCGUUUCCGUAGUAGACAUGCUGCAUCAACACUUGGUUUCUGCUGAAUCGAUUGAUGGGCAGUAACUUCAUCUCAUAGACACUUUUUUAAAGAGGAUAGUAUUGAGUUCAUCUUGUAGAACAAGAUGGGUCAGGGUUCCAGCAAAGGUAGCGGCGGGUCGAUGUCCCGCACAACAUUGGAUGCCCCAGCGAGCGCCGAGUUCGUUCCUACGAGGGUAGAGAUUAACCGUUGCCUCAGCGAUCUACGGUCUCGAUGGUGGGGUUUACAAGUGGGAUCGUCAGGAGCUUCGUCUUCUUCGUCUACUGGAUCGUCGACAACAGCUGGUAGUUCAAGUGCCCCAGCAGUGCGUCCGCUUCCCGUUGGUGUGCCAUUGAACGCCUACGGCAAGCAGUACGCGAAGAUAUUCCACAGAAGUUGCGGAACCCAUCGCGCCGAUUUCAAGAGGUGCAUCGAGAAGAACAAGUUUGACCUCUUUAACUUGGCGCAGUGGUAUCCGGUAUGCGGUGAAUUUUCGGAAUUAGAGCAGCGCUGCAGCUCAGAACUGAUCAAAGCGGUGGACCGCAAGUGCCAGACGGUCUUGGACGCAGGCGCUGAUACACUAGCGCCACGAUCGGGGCUCAGUGCUGCACUGGGAUCAUCUUCAGGGGCGUUGUCCGCGCUGAACCCCUUCGCAGGUAGUGGUGGUAGUGCGCAAGCGACCUCUGCAGAGACUGGCGGAACAGAGCCACAGCUUUCACGAGAGCAGGCAGACGCGAUCGGACGAUGUGUAGGUUCCGUUUCCCUGACAUUUGGUGACGACCUCCAGGCUGAAGCUAAGAAAGCGUAUGAAGCGAAAAAAGCUCCGUUUCUCAUGAUGGGUGGUGCGAUACGGUAGAGCAGUGGACGAAAAAAAGUCCGUUUCUCAUGAUGGGUGGAAAACUCCGUUUCUCAUGAUGGGUUUGGGUGGACGAAAAGGCCAUGACCACGACUGUCCGGAUGAUUUACGACAGUGAAGCAAUGGCUCUCCAAUGACUCUUCCUUGUUGUGUCAUAACAAUUUCUGAAAACGCAAUUGAGAGUUUCUGCGCCGCUCCAUUUUCCUAAAGAACCGACUCGCACUCAGACCCGGUGAAUGUCUUAACCAUAUUCACCUGGUAUGUUCUUUUUUCGUAACAAAUGAUAAACUGAUCGUACUAGUACUUUGCGUGCAGCCAUACUGUAUGCACGGUUCGUCAUGACUUAUGUCUUUCCGAA